AACGUGGUACAGUCCGGUAUUCUGGCAGUGUCUCGGCGCGGGGAAGGUGUUCCGCUUCAGCCGUUCUUCCUCCGGUGUUGUGUCCGCUUUGUUUGUCAGUGUGUGCGGUUGUCGGCCUCUGUGGUAUCAUGUCUGUGGCCUUUGCAGCUCCCCGGCAGCGGGGGAAGGGGGACAUCACCCCGGCUGCCAUCCAGAAGAUGUUGGAUGAAAAUAAUCAUCUAAUCCAGUGUAUUAUGGACUAUCAGAACAAAGGAAAAACUUCAGAAUGUUCUCAGUACCAACAAAUGUUGCACACAAAUUUGGUUUACUUGGCUACCAUUGCAGACUCCAAUCAAAAUAUGCAACCAUUGUUACCAGCACUACCCACACAGAACAUGCCUAUGGGUCCGGCAGGAAUGAAUCAGAGUGGCCCUCCACAGCCACCACGUUCACACAACAUGCCUUCAGAAGGAAUGGUAGGAGGGGGCCCUCCUGCACCACACAUGCAGAACCAGAUGAACGGCCAGAUGCCUGGACCCAACCAUAUGUCUAUGCAAGGACCAGGACCAAACCAACACAGCAUGUCAAAUAGUUCAAUGCCUAUGUCUUCGAAUAAUCAUGGUUCUAUGGGAGGAUAUAACCAUUCUGUGCCAUCUUCACAAAAUAUUCCAGUCCAGAAUCAGAUCAGCAUGACUCAAGGGCAGUCAAUGGCAAACUAUGGUCCCAGACCAAGCAUGAAUAUUCAGCCAAAUCAAGGUCCCAUGAUCCACCAGCAGACUCCCUCACAGCAGUAUAACAUGUCUCAGGGUGGUGGACAGCAUUACCAAGGCCAGCAGACACCUAUGGCGAUGAUGGGCCAAGUUACCCAAGGAAAUCACAUGAUGGGUCAAAGGCAAAUUCCUCCAUACAGACCUCCACAGCAAGGUCCACCUCAACAGUACUCAGGCCAAGAAGACUAUUAUGGAGAACAGUAUAGUCAUGGUGGACAAGGACCUCCAGAAGGCAUAAAUCAGCAAUACUAUCCAGAUGGUCAUAAUGAUUACGGUUAUCAGCAACCGUCGUAUCCUGAACAAGGCUACGAUAGGCCUUACGAGGAUUCCUCAACACAUUAUUCUAAACCAUCCUUAGGUAAUGCUCAGUAUGCACAACAGCAAGAAACCUAUCAAGGACCACCACAGCAGCAAGGUUACCCACCUCAGCAGCAGCAGUACACUGGCCAACAAGGUUAUCAACCCCAGCAGCAAGGUUAUGGUCCUUCACAAAGUGGACCAGGUCCUCAGUACCCUAACUAUCCUCAGGGACAGGGUCAACAGUAUGUGCAAUACAGACCUUCACAGCCAGGACCCCCACAGCCGCAACAGCAAAGACCUUAUGGAUAUGAUCAGGGUCAGUAUGGAAACUACCAACAGUAGAAACUCCCAGGUUCCUGUAGCCAGUCCUUGUAGCUCUUGUACUUUUUCCUCAGAACUGUGGUCAUCUUCCCUUGGAGAGUUCAUUAACUUUAUCUUUUACAUUUGGGGAAAACUACGUGAAUUGAUGGCAGCUUCUCAGUCUUUGCGUGUUAACCAUGGAAGACUACAGAGAUUCACAUGCCCAGCUUAAUUCAAGUUGUGUACUCUAGGUGGUGAUGUUGCAUCACAGAUUCCAAGUCGUCCAUGUGUCUCAUGGAAAGCCGACCUUUUAAAUGGUGGAGAGGUUUUAGGAAACUUUUUUUUAUUUUUAUUUUCCCUCUGAUAGAAUUCAAUUUGUUCAGUGAAUUUUAUCUCUGUGAAUUUUAUCACAGAUUUAAUGUGUAAACCAUAAUAAUAGGGCAGAGAAUAGUGUAUUUUAAAUGUAUCCAUUGAACAUUUAAAUAUGUGUUAUCUUUAAAUAUGUGAAUAAUUGUUUUCCAUAAAUUAAGUACUUUGAAUGUUUUUUUUUAAUAAAAUGAUUGCAAAACCAUUAUCUGUGCAAAUUCAUUAAAACUAGAGAAAAGAAAUUGGAGAUGUUGCCUGUAGCAACCGGUUACAAUUUGUGUUUUUGUUGGUCUAAUAAAUAGAAUGUGAAACUUGAUUGGUUGCUGUUAGCAACACUGUUGUGUAUUUUGUUUUCUGAUUUUAAUGAAUUGGCCUCAUUCAAUUAUUGUGCAUUGCCAGAAUUUUUCUCCACUCCAUCUUAAAGGAAAACUCCAGCCAAG